AUGGUGCCCCAGCAGACAGGCCCCGGGGGCGGCCGGGAGGGGAGCUGGGGCCUCGCCACCGCUGUCCUCAUGGCCCUGCUGCUCCUGGGGCUGUGGGGGCUCCUCCGCACCUGCACCCACACCCCCUCCCCGGCCCCCUGCUGGCCCCCGGGGCCGCGCCCGCUGCCCCUCGUCAGGAACCUACAUUUGCUGCGUGUGGCACAGCAGGACGAGUCGCUGAUGGAGCUCGCGGAGCAGUACAGGCCAGUGUUCGCUGUCCAUCUGGGGCGCCAGAAGACGAUGGUGCUGACCGGCUACGAGGCGGUGAGGGAGGCCCUGGUGGGCACCGGACAGGAGCUGGCCGGCCGGCCCCCCAUCGCCAUCUUCCAGCUCAUCCAGGGAGGCAGGGGCGUCUUCUCCUCCUCCGGGGAGCGCUGGAGGGCCGCCCGCCAGCUCACCAUGCGCACCCUCCGUGGCCUGGGCGUGGGGAGGGCGCCCGUGGCCGACAAGGUCCUGCAGGAGCUGAGGUGCCUCACGGCACAGCUGGACAGCUACGGAGGCCGGCCCUUCCCGCUGGCCCUGCUCGGCUGGGCUCCCUCCAACAUCACCUUCAUGCUCCUCUUUGGCCAGCGGUUCGACUACCGGGAUCCCAUGUUCGUGUCCCUGCUGGGCCUCAUCGACAGGGUCAUGGUCCUCUUGGGGACGCCCGGCCUGCAGCUGUUCAACAUCUACCCUUGGCUCGGGGCCCUCCUCCAGCUGCACCGGCCCGUCCUGCGGAAGGUGGAGGCGGUGCGGGCCAUCCUGAGGAACCUCCUGGAGGCACGGCGGCCCCCCGUGCCUGGGCGAGGGCCCAUGUAGAGCUACCUGGACGCCCUGAUCCAGCAGGGCCAGGGGAAAAACCCCGAGGGCCUGUUUGCCAAGGUCAACGUGGUGGCCUGUGCCCUGGACAUGGUCAUGGCUGGCACGGAGACCAUGUCCGCCACGCUGCAGUGGGCCGCCCUCCUGAUGGGCAAGCACCCGAGUGUGCAGGGCCGGGUGCAGGAGGAGCUGGACCGAGUGCUGGGGCCCGGGCGGCCCCCCCGGCUGGAGGACCAGCGCUCCCUGCCCUAUACCAACGCCGUGCUGCAUGAGGUCCGGCGCUUCAUCACCCUCCUGCCCCACGUGCCGCGGUGCACAGCCUCCGACACCCAGCUGGAUGGCCACCUGCUCCCCAAGGGCACGCCUGUGGUGCCCCUCCUGAGCUCCGUGCUCCUGGACAAGACGCAGUGGGAGACCCCCCGCCAGUUCAACCCGGGCCGCUUCCUGGACGCCGACGGGCGCUUCGUGAAGCGGGCGGCCUUCCUGCCUUUUUCUGCAGGCUGCCGCGUCUGCGUCGGGGAGAGCCUGGCCAGGUCGGAGCUGUUCCUGCUGUUCUCAGGCCUCCCGAAGAGGUACUGCCUGCUGCCCCCGCCCGGCCUCAGCUCCGCCACCCUGGACACCACGCCCACCCUGGCCUUCACCACGCGGCCGCUGACCCAGGCCCUGUGUGCGGUGCCCAGGCUGCAGGGGCGCUGACCAC